ACGUUCUUCUUCACUUCAAGGCAAUUUCAUUGCCGGUUUGUGAAUGUCGUAGUGUCGUUUACGUGUAAUAUUCCUGUUUGUUCUUUAAAUUUAUGAAAUGAUAAUCAAGAUGACCUCUGAAGCUUCAGCACAAUUGAUCCAAAUUCUCGAGAAAACUGUUUCACCAGAUAAAAAUGAGUUGGAAGCUGCCCAGAACUAUCUGGAACAAGCUGCUCAGACUAAUUUGCCAGAAUUUGUGAAAACACUCUCUGACGUCCUUCAUCAUGGAGGAAAUAGUCCUGUUGCUCGGAUGGCUGCUGGCCUGCAGCUUAAGAACACCCUUACCUCCAAAGAUGCCAUGGUUAAAGCUCAGUAUCAACAGCGCUGGCUAGCUUUUCCCGAAGAUGUCAGGCUGUAUGUCAAAAAGAAUAUUCUGGGAGCGUUGGGGACAGAGAACAACAGGCCCAGUUCUGCAGCGCAGUGUGUGGCGUACGUGGCGGUGGCUGAACUGCCCGUGGGUCAGUGGCCAGAUCUCAUCACCGUACUUGUCAGCAAUGUCAUCAGUGGUGGCAGCACCGAGAUGAUGAAAGAGGCCACCCUAGAGGCCAUCGGAUACAUCUGUCAGGACAUUGAGCAAGACGUUCUGAUAUCGCAGUCCAACCAGAUUCUGACAGCCAUCAUUCACGGCAUGCGGCUGAGUGAACCUAGCAAUCAUGUGCGAUUGGCCGCAACCACGGCGCUUUUCAACUCUCUUGAGUUUACUCGUAGCAAUUUUGACAAAGAGUCUGAGAGGAACUACAUAAUGGAAGUGGUCUGUGAGGCCACACAGUCACAUGACACACAAGUCAAGGUGGCUGCUUUACAAUGUCUAGUCAAGAUAAUGUCACUGUAUUACCACUAUAUGGAGACGUACAUGGGACCUGCACUUUUCCCGAUAACUUUAGAGGCCAUGAAGUCCGAUGUAGACGAGGUUGCACUGCAAGGUAUUGAGUUCUGGUCUAAUGUCAGUGAUGAGGAAGUAGAUCUUGCCAUUGAAGACAGUGAGGCUGCAGAGGCGGGCCGACCUCCCCAACGUUCCUCUAAGUUCUAUGCCAAGGGAGCCCUACAGUACCUCGUACCAGUGCUAAUGACCAAGUUAACUAAACAGGAAGAAUUUGAUGAUGAGGAUGACUGGAACCCCAGCAAAGCAGCAGGAGUGUGUCUCAUGCUUUUGGCUACAUGCUGUGAGGAUGCCAUCGUACCAUACGUGCUCCCCUUCGUCAAAGACAACAUCAAGAGCACAAACUGGCGGUUUAGAGAUGCAGCCCUUAUGGCAUUUGGGUCAAUAUUGGGAGGUCUAGAAAAUGCAACCCUACGGCCCCUGGUUGAGCAGGCCAUGCCUACACUGAUAGAGUUGAUGUACGACUCGAGUGUGGUGGUUCGAGACACGGCUGCCUGGACGUUCGGCCGCAUAUGUGAGAUUAUACCGGAGGCGGCGAUAAACGACAACUAUUUGAAGCCUCUGCUGGAGUCACUAGUGAACGGGUUAAAGGCAGAGCCUCGAGUGGCAGCCAAUGUGUGCUGGGCAUUCACGGGACUGGCAGAGGCUGCCUACGAGGCUGUAGAGGGCAAUGAGGAGGGCACGUCACCCGAGACUUACUGUCUCUCUGAGUACUUUGACUUCAUCAUCAUGCGGCUCCUGGAGACCACUGACAGACCUGAUGGUGCUCAGGCUAAUCUUCGAUCAGCAGCUUAUGAAGCUCUGAUGGAAAUGGUGAAGAACUCUCCUGGUGAUUGCUACGUCACCGUACAGAAGACAACAAUGGUCAUACUGGAAAGACUGAACCAGGUGCUGCAGAUGGAGAACCACGUCCAGAGCCACACAGACCGAGCCCAGUACAACGACUUGCAGAGCUUGUUGUGUGCCACACUUCAGAGUGUACUUCGGAAAGUGACGCCUGAAGAUGCACCACAAAUAUCGGACGCUAUAAUGACAGCACUCCUGCAAAUGUUCAACUCUAACUCGUGCAAGUCUGGUGGAGUACAGGAAGAUGCUAUCAUGGCUGUCUCCACACUAGUCGAAGUACUGGGAGAAGGAUUCCUCAAAUAUAUGGAUGCUUUCAAACCGUUCUUGUGUCUUGGUCUUAAGAAUCAUGCAGAAUACCAAGUGUGUGGUUCUGCUGUUGGCUUGACAGGUGAUAUAUGUCGAGCUCUGAAGUCCAAGGCUUUACCCUACUGUGACGAAAUUAUGACUCUGUUAUUAGAAAAUCUUGGAGAUAGCACAGUGCACAGAUCAGUAAAACCACAGAUUCUGUCCGUAUUUGGAGACAUUGCUUUAAGUAUUGGCCCAGAGUUCAAGAAAUACUUGGAUGUUGUUUUACAAACCUUGGUACAAGCCUCUCAAGCACAGGUUGACAGGGCUGAUUUUGACAUGGUAGAUUACCUAAACGAGUUAAGGGAGGGAAUAUUUGAGGCAUACACUGGAAUCAUUCAAGGGCUAAAGGGUGACGAAGCUACCCCAAACCCUGACAUUCAACUGCUGGAGCCUCAUGUUCCGUUCAUCAUCCAGUUCAUUACUAUGGUGGCCUACGACACGGACAAAGCAGACAGCAAUAUCGCCGCAUGUGCUGGACUCAUCGGUGACCUGUGUUCCGCAUUUGGCUCAAAGCUGUUCACCUUGCUGGACGUGGAGCCAGUGAAUGAAGUAUUGACAUUAGGGCGCCGCUCUAGGGUUUCAAAAACCAAGACGUUGGCUACAUGGGCAACCAAAGAGAUGAGAAAACUCAAGACCGCCAACUCUAGCUGUGUGAGGCCGUUGAAUUUGAGCGUUCAAGGUCCGUGAACAUGAAGCUGUCGGUUGAGUCACUGGGGGUUCUUCUGCUAAUAUAUCCAACCUAGAAUGUAGAAACGGACCGACUGUCGUUGUAUUCCUACUUUUUGGUUGUCUUCUGCAAAAAACCCCCAUUCGACUCUGGUGGUUGGAGCAGGCAGCGGUAGCGGUGCCCGGCAAGUGAAGUGCAAGUGUGAAGUGACUGAAGUGACGUGAAGUGACUAAAUGGAGUGAAGUGUGCACGGGAGAGUGCAUGUUGUGAGAGAGGGGCGGACUCCCUACUAUCCUAGUUUUAUAUCUUCUCAGGAAAAUUUCAUAAAUCAUUGAAAUCGGUCAGCUACUAAUUGUCGAUGAUUUUCCAGCAAAACAUGUCUUUAUAUGUAAUUAACAUAUCUAGUGUUGAAAUUGGUUACCAAGAGAGAUUGUCAGUGCAUUCCAUCAGCAGGGGUACAGGUGCUUCACUCUUUUUACCGAUACGAACGUUUACAUUCGACUGAAGUGCCUUGAGGUGAUCACGAUAAGGUUUUCCGAUCCUGUAGAGUUCAGGUUUAAUCACCGCUUCCUCAGCCAAAGAAAUUCAUGCAAUUUUUAGUAUGAAUGUUAUUUUUAAGAUAGUACCAUCAAAAUUAGACCAGUUAUGAUUUAGUUUAAAGCAUUAAUCAAAGUUUUGUUGGACUGGCAUUACAAGUAACUAGUCUUCAAAAGACUUAACGUAAAGUACUGGUUUUAUUUAGUAGCUAUACUUUGCUGUUUACGAAAGAUGGAAAUUCUCUAUAAAUUGAACUGCUUUCAUUUCUUGAUUAAUGGAUCCGGAAUGCUUUUUUACUUCAGCUUUAGUGUUAAAAAUUGUUUGGCGUAGUAGUUUGCUUCUAAGAAAUUGAAAAAUGCAAUCAUUUCCAAGUGAACUUAAUACUUAUUGAUAUGAUAAUAAUGUACAAUUUUGUUUUGAACUUGAUGAAUAUCAUAAAGAUGGUAACAUCUAAUUGUUAUCACUAUUGUAUUACGUCAAAUGCCACAAAUAUUACUGUGAUCGAUAGGUUAGUUAUUACAAAUUCUUAUACUGUUCAUUGUAUCUUCACACAUGAUCAUUGCUGGUACAAAAAUGUUAACUGUAUUAUUGUUUUAUUUUUUAAUUCAUUGAUAUCUCUUUUGUUAUGUUAAUACAAGGGUUAUACAUUUCUAAAAUUGUCGAGUAUGUUUUAUAAACUUUGCCUUAUUUAUAUAUAUAUAUUGAUAUAAUUAUACUAGAAAAAUCCUAAUGUACCAUCUAAUUGUAUGUAUAUUAAGAAAUGAUUUAGGAUGGUUAUAUUUUGAUAAAUCGAUAAGACUAAUUUAGCAGGAGUUAGGUAAAUAGUAAUAGGUUCACAAGCUGACCUGAGCUAUCAUGGAAAAUGUAAAAUUGCUGUACUGUGAUUGGCGGGCGUUAUUCCGGCCGCUCGCCCGAAUACUUUAGUUAUUCCUGAUAGUGUGAUAUUGCGUCCCUCGUAUGUGUGUUGUCUAUGCCAGCCGAAGUGUGUUCCUAAACACUUCCAAAGGUAUGGGAGUUACAUUUGCAUUGUAUCAAUGAGCUGUAUGUACGUACGAAUGUCUGUUAUAUUGUUGAUGUGUGUGAGUGCGAGUUGCGAGUGCGUCUGUGAGUGAAUCGUGUGCCAUGACAGUUAAGGCUGGUCAUUCUCUACCUGUUUUUGAUUGCAAGCUUUGCUACCUGCCCCAUUCCCAGUUAGCCCUGCGCUCGAGCUUGCUUUUAUUCUUCCACCCACCACCGAGUUAAUAAUGUUUAUGACAAUUCAUUCCCUUAUUAUCUAAUCGAUCUAGAAUCAAUUUAAUUGACUAUGUUGUUUAAAAGAAAAAGACUUUACUUUGUGUAAAACCUACUUUCUGUAGCAAAAUUAUUUUUAAAUUGCUCAUAACAAUUAUUUAUGUUGAAACAGAAAUAGUUGUAUGCAAAAUAAAGAUAAUAUACAAAGUAA